AUGAUGCUAUUGGCGCCAUCUCCCUGUCGCCGCUCCCAUCACCCGUGGUCCAAGGCUCUAGGCGACGCUAUGGAGCGGUGCGAGCGUGGAUUUGCUGACAUUGCCGACCGCGGCGGCGUGACAAACAUCGAAUGGUCCCAACAUGAAGCAGCGGGGCCGGGCCAGAGGCGAGGCGAGCUGAGUGUCAAUGGCAACGAGCUCUCGCCAAUGGUUCAUUCGAACCCAUCGGGAAAUCGUGAGAGAUAUCCGGUGAUGGCAUCAAUCAAGACUGCCAGGAAGUUCACCUUUUUCCCGUCUGGAUGGAAUAUGACACCUCUCGAUGGGUUGGAGCACGUGUCUGAUCGGGCAAAACGUUGUGUGCAAGACGAGGAUACUCCUAGCUCUGGCCCGACACAAUUGAAAGCAGAAGAAGCAGGAGUGGUUUUGCACGAUACCAGGCCGCAGCCGUCCACGUCAUCCUUGACGUUGGUACCGCUUGGCGAAGCACUGCACGCAGUUGCCGCACCGGCCCCGCCGCAACAUGACGGCACAUGCUGCGACCGCCGCAGGUGCUUGUACUGCGACAUUGAUCGCCUAGACGGAGCUUCCAUGGCCAUGGAAAGAGGCUACAGCUCGAAGCAGUACAUGUGUCCGCUCUGUCCUUACACGACUACCCGAAAGGGAAACGUGGGCCUGCACCUGAUCAGACAUUCGGACCGGCAUCCGUUCCUCUGCCCCGUGUGCGCCAAGGCCUUCAAGCGCAGUUACGACCUCAAACGCCACCUGGUGAGAAUGCACACUCUGACGUAA